ACGCCGGGACGUCGGCGACUACCGCAACCCCCGUUGUAGCCCUAACGAAGGCACGAGGGUAGGCAGUCGCGUGUUCCCGUCGUCACGAUGCGGUCAGUCAGUCGCGCACCGUAAGAAUGUAAUCGGCUCACCGAAUAUUUCUCGCUCGCACGUCCGUCGCCGUUCUCACCGUGAUGUCACGCGAAAUACCGUAACGUCAUCAGCCUGCGGUGGGCACCGGCGCGCAAAUGGCGCAGGGGAUCCUCGAAACGGCAUAUGAGCCAGGCAUCGAGGAGGAAGCGAGAAGAAAACGCGAGCGUCGGGUCGUUCAGGAGGGCACGGUGCUGUGGAGACGUCGGAAGGAGGAGCUGCAACGUCAGAAGCAUCGUGAACAACGUGAACUGCAGGAAAUUCUGGCCAGUUACUCGCCGUGGGGAAAGCCAGGUGGCGGUGCACCCUGUGCGGCCACUUUAAGGAAGAAAAACGUACCUCUGGAGCCGCUCGAGCCGUCCGCACCACCAAGGCCGAGGUGUUACAGUUUCGGUCAGGGUUGGACGAACAACUCGGUGAUCGAUAGACUGUACAAAAAGAACACGGACCCUACGGCUGUUGCGGACGUGAAUAAAUUCUACGAUGACAGGGCAACGCCAGGCAUCGCAUCGGAAACACAACCGCUGCAGGAUCCGAGGAAUCUCUACAAGGAGGAGAUUCAGGUAUACGAGCUAACGGGUGGUGUCGAAUUGGUGCCUUUGUUAACCAGCCAGCGCUAUCAGUCGCAGCCGCAGACCACGCGCUAUCGCGUCACGGACGCCACUCGUCCGGGAUACACGAUAGAAUCGUUUCGCGCCCUCGGCGUCGACAAUCAGGGAUACAUCGCGGAGCUCGCCGAGCAGAUACGACGUAAACGGAACAGGGCGUUGGAGGAACGACGGAUCGAACAGGAGAGUUGUCGCAGACACUUCGAUACUUGGAAAAAGCUAUGGGGUAGACCGGGCCAUGGCGCCCCCAUAGAUCACGUGCAACGGAACAAUCUCUACAACAUCCUCCACCGCCCGGCUAUCUAUUGAAUUUUCCCCGUAAAGCAUUUCGCUCGUGAGGAAGCGUACGAGCAAAGGGGACCUCGUUUCUGUAAUGCUUUUUAUUUUACGGAACGAAUAAAGAGAAAGAGGACUAUUAGAUGUCGAUGAUGCGACGUGCGGCGAUCGAUAGGAUCGUCCUCGGAAGGUCGAGCUUAGCGCACAAAAUGUUUCCCUCUCUGAAUUUUUUAUUUCUUUCUUUUUUUUUACUUGUUUCAGGGCAG